CGGUGGCUUGUAUGCUAGGCUCCUCCGCGAAAGCGUCCAGCUCAAGCGAGGAUUUUGUGAAGGAGACCGUAUCUUCUCGCGAUAUCGUCAUCUUCUCCAAAUCCUAUUGCGCGUAUUGUGCAAGGGUAAAAUCUCUAUUCGAAGAAACAAAGAAGCCUUUUGCUGUCAUUGACCUGGAUGAGAGGGAAGAUGGAGAGGAUAUACAAAAUGCCUUGGCCAAAUUAGUUGGAAGGUGGACCGUACCUCAAGUUUUCAUCAAGGGAGAGCACAUUGGUGGUUGCGAUGAUACCGUGGGGGCUUAUCGAAGUGGAAAGCUGAAAAAGCUUUUGGCUGAGAUUGACUAAGGAAGCUUUGUUUCAUUUCAUAUGCGUCAUGCAUGUUUAAACUUUUUUUUUCCUCAUCUUUGGUGGAUUUCGUCUUGUGGAUGAACAUGACAUGCUACAUGCCUCUUCUGACUCAUAACAAACUUUUGUUAGAGUGUGAUGUGCAAGUACUGGAGCUGGGGCAAUUUUCAAUGAAAUGUUUUUUGGUGAUGAGAGCAUGUCUUAACUGAUGAUUUUUUUUUAAUUUUUUUAUUUUUAUUUUGUUAAAGGAGAACAUCCAUAAACUGGUUCAUCAAUCAUUAAUGAGCAAAAAGGGGCAGUUACUUCU